AGUGUGUUCAGUGCAUUUCUUCUCUCAGCCCCUAUCGCCGCUGCCACUUUAGGACUACACCGCCGGUGAAGUCCGAAAAGGAGACCGUCUGCCACGGCCGGGUCACCAAUGUCGUCCGCAGGAGAAUCAGACACUGGCGUCCUGUCUAAACCGUAUGCCCUCCACCAAACCCUAACCGGCCACAAACGGGCAGUCUCCUCUGUGAAGUUCUCCCCCGAAGGCUCUCUUCUCGCCUCCGCCUCCGCCGAAAAAACCAUCCGCGUCUACUCUUCCUCCAACUUCUCCCUCCGUGCUCAGCUUUCCUGCCACGAAGGCGGCAUCUCCGACCUGUCCUUCUCCUCCGACAGUCACUUUCUCUGCUCCGCUUCCGAUGAUUGCAGUCUCCGCAUUUGGGACCUAUCCACCUACUCCUGCGUGAGGACUCUAGAGGCUCAUACCAACUACGUAUGCUGCUGCGCUUUCAGUCCUCAGUCGAACAUGGUCGCCUCGGGUUCCUUCGACGAUACCGUCCGCCUCUGGGACGUCAAGUCCGGCAAUUGCAUCCGCGUCAUACCGGCACAUUCUGAUCCGGUGACUUCCAUCGAUUUCAACCUGGAAGGAUCGUUGAUUGUUUCUAGCAGCUAUGACGGGCUCUGUCGAAUUUGGGACUCCCGCACGGGAAGGUGUGUCAAGACCUUGAUUGAUGAUGAGAGCCCUCCGGUAUCGUUGGCUAGAUUCUCACCAAACGGGAAAUUUGUUCUUGCUGCAACGCUUGAUAGUACAUUGAGAUUAUGGAAUUUCUCAACCGGGAAAUUCUUGAAGACAUACAGGGGACACACCAAUUUAAGAUACGCCAUUUCUGCUACAUUUUCAGUGACAAAUGGCAAGUAUAUUGUAAGUGGUUCCGAAGAUAACUGCGUAUAUUUGUGGGAUCUUCAGAGCAGAAAGAUUGUACAGAGAUUAGAAGGUCACAAGGACAUUGUCUUAUCUGUCUCAUGUCACCCAAAGUUGAAUAUUAUUGCAUCUGGAGCAUUUGAAAAGGACUGCUCGGUGAAGAUUUGGAUUCAGAGAGAUGAGCAGCAAAUGGAUAUUUGAAUUGAUUAUUGUAAGUCCCCUCUGUUUUAACUUCAAAUGGCUUAACAAUUACCAUGCAUUUUCCAAACCUAUGACCUCAGUUGGAAUUGAAAAAACUUAUUUCUUGGUA